AUGACACCAGAAGUAGCAUCGCUUGACCCGGAACACCGACGUUCUUUUGUCAAAGAACAUUUUCAAAAACACGGCAUAUGGAAUGAUACCGAAUGGGAUUCCCUUCUCAUUAAGACAGAGGAGAAGCUCUGCCAACUGCUGGCUACGGUCAAAUACGUCAAAGUCAGCCAGGCUUAUUUCAAAUUUGAGUCUGAAAAGCUCGCCUGGGGAAAGCAUGUUAGGGCAUGCGGACUAAAUGCUGACGAGCAUCGCUGGCCCUGGGCUGAUUCCCCAAACCCGUUACGUUGGAAGGAUGGCAUUUCUGCCAAGUAUGUCGAUUGGCGCUUAGCAAGAGGCUUACCUCUGAUUGAACUCAAAGAGAGCAAGACCGCCGCCACCGCGACCACUCAGUCUACCUCUUCCAACGCAUGA